AGACCCUUUUGCCGAUCAAUGCUGCUGCGUAUAGACCGUAUAUCGUUGCUAUCCAGGCUCCGGGAAUAACCCACUCAGAUGUCGGCGGCCGCACACAAGAUUUGCUACUGUUGCUGCUGCCAGCUGCCAGCAAACACCACUACCACAUCUCCCACACCCACACACACCUCGCAUCGUCGGGCUAACUCAUUCCCCAAAGUAUCGGUCUAUCUCUCGCAAUCCCCGAUAAUCCAAGGUUAGUGCCACCAGACGCCGCAAAUGCAGUAUUUCCAGACGGAUUCGCCUCGUUGUCGAAGCUUCUCCAACUCAGCUACAGCCUUCUCAGGGAGGAGUUGAUGUACGCCGUGCUCUGCUUGCUGCCUUGCUUCUCCCCGAUUUGGAUGCUAGUGGGCAACAAUUAAGACUAAAAGCAAGACUAUCAAGUAUGCACACCACCGGAAUUCGCGUUGGCGGCGUUCCGUGGGCCUUCCUUAGCCGCGCUCUCGCAAUCGUUUGUGACCAUCUUCUCAAGACAACAUGCCGGCCCCAGCUGGGCCCUGACCUGUAGCUGCACCCUUGAACACUGAUAUUUGGGCAAUAAGACCCUUUUUGCAGCUACAAUGUAACUAAACGAUACGGGUAUAGCACGGCAAAGCCGAGAUGACUCGCUACCGACUGAUUCACUAGACAAAAACCGGCUUGUCAUGCCCACAGACGCAUCCAUCUCAACACAAACGCAAAGGAAUCACUACAAGACCUCAUUACUAGCCGUCGUGUCAGCCCCUCAUCUCGCCUUGCCAGCCGCUACGGCACGCCCGGGGAACCAUCGGAUACCACUGUGGUAUUAGUGCGUGAGGGUCUGCCCAGGGCUGAAUGGAUGCCUCUAAGGAAGCCAGCCCACCCAUGCAAGCCAGCCUAAUUGGCCGGUGCGCAGUAAACGAUACUAUUUGACUUUUUUUUGUCCUUUUUACUAAACGAAGCUAGCAAGCCAUGUAUGCUCAUCUGCCGCUCCAGGACCAAUCACAGCCCCCAUUCCCGCUAAACGGCCUGCUGCUUCUCGGCCUUACACGCUAUCCUCCCGGCCGGUUUCGCCUCCGGAAGAGCGAGCGACAUUCCCCUCGCAAUCCUGCAUGCCGCCCUCCUUCUUUUUUCACUAUUUCUUUUUUUAUUAUUUGUUUUACUCAUCUACGUCUCUUUCUGAUCCUUCGGUGCCCACCUUCGUCCCGUUUUCUCCGCAUCUUCCUUAUUCGGGGCGUCUUGAUCCACGCGCUCCCAUCACACAUACUUCCGCUGCUAGGCGUAUUCGUCCACACACCCCGACUCUGCCUAUGCCAGCACUCCUCCUCCCAGACAAACUCCCCCGAGCCGCUCUCUUGUUGCAUCAUCUGCAAGAAAUACCCGACUAUCCCCUCGCCCCGUUUGGAUCAUAUCAACACAAUCUCAUCUCUUUCACCUUGGGCUCCCCUGGUCCAUCCCACGACUUCUCACACCCCCUCUAGGCCACCCCCCAGCGGAACCGCCUUGGACAACGCCAUCUACUAAAUAAAGCUCCAGCUGCUCUUCCCUUUUCUGCUUCACCUACACCCUCACCUCACUUUAGGCCUCCAUUCUGCCUCACCAUCUCCACCAUCGACCUACAAUUCAGACUUAUACACUGCCUUGCCCAUUCUUCCGCUAGGGCUCUUGGAGUACGCCUGGACCCUGAUCGCCACGCAGUCCGCCUUACACUACCCAUUCACAAUGCCCACCUCGGACGCCGCCAAGUCGAAUAAACCGACCACGGGCACAAAAAAGAGAUAUUCGAAAACAAAACUCGGCUGUAAGACCUGCAAAAUUCGCAAGAUCCGUUGUGACGAAACCGCCCCAGUCUGCCGCAACUGUAUAAAGUCAAAUAGACGCUGUGAUGGCGUCGCUCAGCCCAUCGGCGGUCCUGGAAACGUUACGUUUACCGCCCCUCUUACGCUCACCUACUUCCGCCCAACCCAGACUGGCUGGCUCUCCCAGGACGAGAUUGCCUACUUGGAUCUCUUCCGCCACGAGCUAAUAUAUACCAUCGUGGGCGAUUCACAUUCCCCGGCUUGGAAACGCAUGAUUCUACAAGCCGUCCACGAAGAGGUUGCCCUUUGCCAUGCAGUCGUUGCCUUUAGCUCGCUGACCAGCCACAUUCGAAGCCGGCCAUCCUCGCCGUCUUCCUCUGGUAGCCCGCCCCCAGGCAUGGACAACGAAUUUGCUCUAAGACACUAUGGCAAGGCACUCGAGUCAAUGCGUCAUGUUGUCCAUCAUAACGACAGCCGCUCGAUCAACACCGCGCUAAUCUGUACCCUACUCUGCAUUUGUUUCGAACUUCGCAUGCGCGACAUUGCCGUUGCCCUAACCCACCUCGAGCAUGGCCUCCAAGUCAUCGCUGGUAAUAUGGAUUCUGUCGACAAUGCAAUCACAACAGCCUUUGCCAAACUCGAUCUCCAAGCUGCCGUCUUCCUCGGCAUGCGUCCACCCGCUCUAGAACCCGACAAAGUAGCUUCUCGAGUCUUUGUCUUUGAUUCAGUAUAUCAAGAAGCCGAUCUCAAGCUCAUGAGCAUUACAAACCACAUGUACCGCUUUAUCCGUGGCACUGCAGACGACUUUCGAUAUCGCGAGCAAGCCCCUAUCCCGGAGUUUGCUUUCGCUGAAGAGGUUGCUGUCAAUGCCCAGCUGCGUGCCUUUUACAAGAAGUAUCUAGAGUCAGUGGAAAAGACUUCCAAAAUGUCGGUUCUACAAAUUGCUCUUCUCCGCAUCAAAUACCUCACCGCCGUUAUCAACAUGGCCGGCUGUCUGGACCCAGAUGAGACCAUCUACGACCGGUAUGCUGCCGAGUUUGCCGAGAUCGUCCAACUAGCAGCUGAGAUUCUACACCAUCGUCGACAGAAACAGUCUGUUGACCGCGCCGACUUUGCUCUCGAGAUGACUAUCAUGCAGCCCCUGUAUGUAACAGGAACCAAGUGCCGCUGCCCCGUCACUCGCCGUAGAGCCAUCUCCCUCAUGCUCAGCGCCCCAGAGUCCGAAGGCCAGUGGGACAGCACCGGUAACGCCCUUGUCUGUGAGCAGGUUAUGCUCAUGGAGGAAGCCGGUAUCGAGUUUGACCUCGCCCGGAUGGGUGCUGAAGAUCUGCUGCCUAUCCCACAGGAAAAUCUCGUCCAUGCUGUGGAUAUCUACUUGGAGCCAACUCAGCGAAGAGCAUCGAUAUACCUUAGCAGACGGCUAAGUGGCUUAGAUAGAGGCUGGCAUAACCUGCGGCAGGACCUAGCAUGGUAAUAACUGCCACCUCUAGCCCAAAAAUGAUGUGAUAUGAGCUGUGGAUGAUGACUCUGUGUACACUUUUUUUUCACCGGUGUUUACUCUUGAAUUUCUAUUCUUCAUAUAUAUAUGCUGGACUUACAUAGCCUUUGGUGUUUCAUAUCAUAACUUAGUUCCCUUUCUACUUUUGCUUCUCAAAAUAAAAGAAAUAAUCUAUGCUCGAAUCAACUCCAUCUUUACGCCUCUCUUGCCCGUCUUCUCAUCCUUCUCGUCCAUGACCUUGACAAGAACCUUUUGGAAUAGCUCCACCUUGACCUCUCUACUUCCCGUAGUCGUAAGCGUAAACGUUUCUGCAUCAUACUCGCCCUGGGGCUCGACUUCCGCGAGAUCCCGCAAGCGAAUCAGGCCCUCGAUGCCAAAGCGCGGCACAAGCACCACAAAGCCGUUACUGAAGACCUUCAUGACAAACGCUUCCUCCUCGGCCACGCGGCCCUUGAGUGCUUGGCCGACAUAGUAGGCAAUGCUUGCGCGGCCUGCCAUUUGCGCGUUGCGGUGGCGCACAUUGAUAUUCUUGCACACGGCUUCCAGACGGCCGCGGCUGCGCACCGAUGGGUGCACUGCCUCGUAGUCAAUGGCCGCAGCAAGCUGUCUGUGGGCCAACAAGUCGGCGUAUCGGCGAAUAGGCGAUGUAAAGUGCGUGUAGAUCUCAGAGGCGAGACCGUAGUGGCGGAACUCGGGGUAUGAUUGCGUGCCGGAGCAAAAGUACUCAGCGCUCAUCAUACAUCUUGUGGCCAUGAUGCGAACAAGGGUGUUGAAGAAGGGUUCCUUGGGGUCGGUACAAGCGUCAAGAGAGUCUGCAAGGGCUUUGGAGGAGUCGCUGCGUAGUUCGAGGCCGCGUUUUACGCGGAGCUGUUCGGCCAGCUCGUCAAAGUUGGUCUUGGGAGGCGCACCGUGGCGACGCAGAAUGGCAGUCUGGGGGAAUGCUUCGUAAAUUUUGGCGGCGACGCUAAUGUUGGCAAACAACAUGAACUCUUCGACGAGCGAGUUGGUGUCCAGAAGCUGCUUGGUCUUGACGUCAAUGGGAUCCGACGUCUCAGACUCCAUUUGCACCUUGACCUCGGGCGAUGACAGGCUCAGUGCACCAGCAUCCAUACGCUUCUGCUUCAGCUUCUUGGAGAGCAUGAGCAGCAUGCGCAUACCGUUGGUAAGAUCAUCUUGUUGAGAUGCGUCGUCGAUGCGAAGCUGUGCUUGUUCGUAGCUGAAGGCCUCGCGGGACUUGAUGACGGAUUUGGUAAAUCGGGCACUGACAAGGUCUGCACUUUCGUCGAUUUCCCAAAUAACAGAGAAGGCGUAUCGCUCAACAUAGGGUUUUAGCGAGCACAGGUCUGUACCAAGCAGCAUAGGCAACAUGUCAAUACGCUUAUCCACCAGGUAGACGGUCGUGCCGCGGAUGCUGGCUUCUGUAUCCAUGGCAUUGGCGGGCUUGACGAAGUGAGAGACGUCCGCGAUGUGGACGCCAACCUCGUAGUUUCCGUUGGGUAGUUUUCGUGCGUGCAGCGCGUCGUCGAUAUCCUGACAACCUGGCGGAUCGAUACUGCAGAUCAAGAGGCCACGCAAAUCUUCACGGUCUCGCCAACCAGGGUCGCUGGUGUCUGCUGGUACUUUCCAGUCGUGGCCUUCUUUAGGCAAGCAGUCAAGGACCGUCUUGGGGAAUGGUCGGUACUGAACAUCCCAUUCGAGAAGUAAGGCUUCCGUCUCAGCUGCCUUGGUCUCAAGUUCGCCCAGAGAGCGAACAAAAUGGCCAACGGGGUGGCGUGAAUCGCGAUCCCAGGCAUCGAUAGUCACGAGCAAUCUCUUGCCCAGGAGUUCGGAGACUUGUCUUGUUCGUAGGCGGAUCUUGGGGAUCUUCUUGUCCAUCGGGAUAAGGAAGACACUGUCCUGUUUACGGCCCUGGCUUGAGCCGCUACCCGCCGAUGAGGGAUCAAUGUGGCCAACGUACUGGCGCCAGUUGCGCUUGACUACACCAACCACUUUAGCAGUGGGUUGGGGUUGCGAUUCUGAUGUGUUCUUCUGUGUGCGCUUCACCUCUUCCUGCAGAGCCUUGCGCUCUUUGUCCGAGAUGAAGUCUUGUCGCUCGUCUGUGUCUGCGUUCUCGUUCUUGGUAAUCGUUUCUUCCUCCAGAAUCUUGGUCGACGGUUGUUUCCAUUGAUCCUGUGGCAACAGCUCGACAACAACGAGAUCGCCAUCGACGGAGCGGUUAAUAUUUUCGCGGCCCAAAAUCAGUAGAGGCUUCGGGAAGGCUGGCACCUUAAUGGAGCCUUCAAGAUAGUUGUAUGGGGAUACGUUGAAGAUGCCCUGGUGCAUCAAGCCAGCCUUGACUCCAGUCAUCAUCUUGGAUAACGAGAAGUAUUCGGGAUAGAGUGGUUGUGUUGAUCGUUUGAAGUCUCCCUUGCCCUGAGAUUCUGCAACCAUGUCAAGAAGCUUAUCGCUAUCUUCGAGUCCCCCUACGUAUUCUCUCAAUGUGACGGCAUGUAGACCAGCGGCCUUUGCCUUGCGAAUGUUUUCCUGGUCAUCGGUCAACAUGACCACAGCUGGGAUCUGCUUCGCCUUUGUUGUUGACAGAUGCUCCCCGUACCACUUGACAGCCUGACGAACGGCUCGGUCAUUUCUAUCGUUGAUAGUUUCAUUGGCCUCUCGGGUGACAUAUGUUUCCUGGCGAAAAUCGUUGAAGAAAACAUAGAACCUCUUAUCUUCACUUUUGGUGAGACCAACUAGACGGUUAUACAACGGGAAUGACCGUCCUCGGAGCUCUUCCAAUACAGUCUGAAGAAUAAUUACGUCGUAAAAUGCAGAGCUCUGUUCAAAAAGAUCCAUCCCAUUGAGCAAAGCGUUGGUAUCUGGAAUCAGAUAGUGGCCCUGGGGAAAUGCGGCUGUAGCUGCAGGCUUCUCCGACAAAACAAAAGGUUGCACUUGGAAAUAAUUAGCUUAGCAUCUAACAUUGAGAAGGGCUUCUAUCUCACCUUCCUGGGCUGCAUUUUUGGGCGCAAUGGCCAAGCAAGCUCUGCAUAGCUUGGACGAGCAUGGAAUGUCAGUUCUGAGGUAAACUUCCCGGACGAUCUUUUGCACUUUUCCACUUCGCGUAGAUCUAACAUAAACCUUGCUAGAAAUACUAGAAGAGAGUGACUGCGGGUCCUGCGCACGUUUUAAACUGGUCAUGGCGGCGGUGCUCAGUCUGUGAUGUUUGAUGGAAGUUUUGAUGGAAGCUUGGUAAUGGAUGAGGCAAACUUCGCUGUCAGUUCUUAUCGAUAUGCUCCUAGCGAUCUUGCACAACCACAACGUGACACCCACUUUCCUACGAAUAGUAGCUGGGUUCUUUUGAGGAAGAUAACUUGAUAUAUUCUCU